CUCCCUCUUGUAUUGUCCACACCAACAAUGUUAUCAAUCAUGUCACUACUCUUCAUGGUCCCAUUAUGCUCUCCUCCUCAUCCUACAACCUCUGUCCUCACACCUUUCCCAUGCUCAUCUUCCUCCUUAAUUCCCUCAAAGCAAAAGCCUUAAUCACUGCAAAUUGCUGAUAAACCAUAUCAAGAGACAGACAGUGUCUCUGGUCUUUCUGUGAAUGGAACUGAGGUUCAGUCCUCUCACAUACAACAUCAACAACCUUGUCCAUCACUUGGCCUCGGGUGAUAAGACCAUGAAGGGGGAAGGCAAGAGGAGCCACCAGCAUGGCGGCACGAAAGCUAUGUUGGAAAUACGCCACAAGGGAGGGGAUCAGGAGGAAGCUGACCAGUCUUAUGAUCCUUUCCAGAUGAAGAACAUCUCGAAGCUCAUCCUCCCGCCGCUCGGCGUCUCGAGCUCUAACCAGAACCCGGUUCAGUCUAAGGGAUGGAUCAUCUCCCCCAUGGACUCGAGAUACCGGUGUUGGGAGGCGUUCAUGGUGAUGCUGGUGGCGUACUCAGCAUGGAUGUUCCCUUUCGAGGUAGCGUUCCUGAACAAGAACCCGAUCAGGGAGCUGUACGUGGCAGACAACAUAGUGGAUCUCUUCUUCGCGAUCGACAUCGUCCUCACCUUCUUCCUCGCCUACAUUGACCGACGCACCCAGCUCCUCGUCCGCGACCGCAGAAGCAUCGCCAUCAGGUACCUAUCGACAUGGUUCUUGAUGGACGUGGCGUCUACCAUACCGUUCGAGAUGGUGGGUUACAUGAUCACCGGAAAGCACCGGGUGUGCCUGUCUUACUCGCUCCUCGGAAUCCUCCGGUUCUGGAGGCUCCGGCGGGUUAAGCAACUCUUCACCAGGCUUGAGAAGGACAUAAGGUUCAGCUAUUUCUGGGUCAGAUGUGCCAGACUCCUGGCUGUGACGCUGAUGCUAGUGCACUCCGCGGGUUGCCUGUAUUAUCUGCUGGCGGACCGUUACCCUCAUGGGGGGAAGACAUGGAUCGGGGUGAUGAACCCCAACUUCCGGGAGACCAGCCUCUGGAUCCGCUACAUAUCCGCCAUGUACUGGUCCAUCACCACCAUGACAACCGUUGGCUAUGGCGACCUCCAUGCCGUCAACACCGUCGAGAUGAUCUUCAUCAUCUUAUACAUGCUCUUCAACCUCGGCCUCACCGCUUAUAUCAUCGGCAACAUGACCAACCUUGUCGUCGAGGGCACCCGCCGCACCAUGGAGUUCAGGAAUAGCAUCGAGGCAGCCUCGAGCUUUGUGUGUCGAAAUAGGCUGCCCCCGAGGCUGAAGGAGCAGAUACUCGCAUACAUGUGCUUAAGGUUCAAGGCCGAGAGCUUGAAUCAGUACCAACUGAUCGACCAGUUGCCGAAAUCAAUUUGCAAGAGCAUCUGCCAGCAUCUGUUCUUGCCUACCGUCGAGAAGGUUUAUCUGUUCAAGGGAAUCUCGAGAGAAAUUCUCUUGCUCCUGGUGGCGAAGAUGAAGGCCGAGUACCUACCGCCGAGAGAGGAUGUGAUAAUGCAGAAUGAAGCACCUGAUGAUGUCUACAUCAUCGUUUCCGGGGAAGUUGAAAUUAUAGACUGUGAAAUGGAGAAUGAACAACUGGUCGGGACCUUAAGAUCAGGGGACAUGUUCGGAGAGGUCGGGGCACUCUGUUGCAGGCCUCAACAUUUCACUUUCCGUACAAAGACUCUUUCGCAGCUGCUCCGGCUGAAAACGACUGCUCUUAUCGAGGCGAUGCAAAGCAACCAAGAAAACAACAUAACCUUACUCAAGAACUUCCUUCAGCAUCACAAGAAGCUUAAGGAUCUGAGAAUCGGAGACUUACUAGUUGACGGUGGAGAAGAACAGGACGACCCGAACAUGGAUUUCAACUUGCUGACUGUUGCUAGUACAGGAAAUGCUGCAUUUCUUGAUGAGCUUCUCAGGGCGAGGUUGGACCCCGACAUUGGAGAUUCCCAAGGAAGGACACCCUUACACAUAGCAGCAUCACAUGGUCACGAAGAGUGCAUUUGGGUCCUCUUACGGCAUGGAUGCAAUGUACAUUUACGGGACGUGAACGGUGACACUGCUUUAUGGCACGCUAUAUCAUCAAACCAGCUCUCAAUAUUUCGGAUUCUCUACCACUGUGCUGCUACUUCUGAUCCAUAUAUUGCCGGUGACCUAUUAUGCACCACCGCAAGAAGAAAUGAUAUCCCCGUGAUGAAGGAACUCCUAAAGCACGGACUGAAUGUUGACUCUAAGGAUCGUCAGGGAUCGACAGCAGUGCAGAUUGCCAUGGCACAGAACAACAUUGAAAUGGUUAAUUUGCUCGUGAUGAAUGGCGCGAAUGUAGUCGAUGCAAACUCGUAUGACUUUUCCCCAGACACUUUGAACGAGAUGAUAGGACGGAGAGAAGUAGGGCAUCGGAUCGUUGUCCCAGAUGCUACUGAAACACGGGAGAUGCCGGUCGAGGGGCAGCGAGAGGAACGAGAGCCUAUGGCGGAAAUACUCAAUAGAACUGGUUACCCGAGGGUGAGCAUAUACAGAGGCCAUCCCAUGGCAAGAAAAGGAAGCGGUCGCAUUGAGGCUGGGAGGCUGAUACGAUUGCCAAGUUCAAUCGAAGAACUCAAAAGCAUAGCAGGUGAGAAGUUCGGUACUGAUGUGAGUGAUGCAACGAUAACCAACGAAGAAGGUGCAGAGAUCGACUGCAUCGAAGUAAUCAGAGAUAACGAUAAACUUUUCAUCGUCGAGAAUCAUGAUCUAUAGUGCGACAGCAAGUUGAUGUCUUGUGUCAAUUGCAGGGAUCCGGUAAAUGUGAAUGUGAUGUUGCAAUUUUGAGUCAUCCUAUCUCUAAAUGAGAUAUGAGAUGUCUUGUAUCGGGAAAAUGCAUCUCAAAUCUCGAGUAGCUAGUGAAAACAUACAUCGGUAUUUUUACCUCAGUGCCAAUUAUUGAAGUCUUCAAGUCUGUAUAGUGAGCUUAGGCACGCCAAGAAUUACUACUAUUAGCCUAUUUCAAGUUCCUUCUCAUUUCUCACAUCCCGCAUGACGCUGCACGAUCCCAUGGUCCGCCGGAACACCCGCUCCUGCAGGCCCCACCGGCACGUCGAUUCUGCGGCCGUACUUUGGCACAAGUGGUAUGCACAAGAUUUCCGUGUCAUGAAGUGCCAUUUAUAUGGUCUGAAGUUUCACGUUGAGUGGGAGAGAGGGGAGGCUGCUGUCUUCACUGGCUUUGGUUUUGAUUUAGAUUCGAGAGUGACGUUUGGAUGGAAGUGUUGUCCUUUCCACUUCAUGAAUGUGCCGCUUAUAAUGGACUUAGGCCCCGGAUCCCACCGAAGGACAAUGUGCUGCUCAAAAUCUUUUCAUGAUGCCGAUCGAAAAAUCAGAAGAUGAGAGAGUACUUUUUACGAGCCCUCUAAUCGGAGGAUUCAUUCGACUCCCUUGUUUUCUUCUUUUCAUCAAUUUAAUCAGAAAACCAGAAUACUUUUUUUUU